AUGUCUGGUGGUGUCAGGGUCAGGAGGCCACCUUCACCACCGCCGCCUGCGUCUGCUCCUCCUCACGCUGCUCCUCAGAGAUUUCCCCAUCCUCGCCAUGACUACCUCGAUGCUGAUGCUCGGAAGGAUGCAGCGUCUAGAGGUUACCUUCCGGGUCGCAAAACGUAUGUUCCAGGAGGGCUGAAUAUCGCGGCCGCAGAGUGGAAGCUCCUCAUCUUGAUCACGGUUGUGGCUGUACUCGUGCGGCUGUUUCGUAUAACGCAGCCGGACAGCGUUGUGUUUGACGAGGUUCACUUUGGCAAGUUUGCAUCCAAGUACAUCAAGUCCGAGUACUUCGUAGAUGUCCACCCGCCACUUGCCAAACUGCUGAUCACUUUUGCUGCUUUUGUCUUCGGAUAUGACGGUCACUUUGACUUCAAGGACAUCGGCAAAAUAUACGACAAUGUGCCAUACGUCGCCAUGCGGCUAGUCCCAGCAACACUGGGUGUGGCCACCGUCCCCCUUGCCUAUCUCACCCUGCGAGCUCUUGACUGCCGUGCGACGACCGCCCUUCUCGCCUCGCUCUUCAUUACUUUCGAGAACGGCAUGAUCACUCAGUCCCGACAUAUCCUGCUCGACUCGCCGCUUAUCUUCUUCACCGCCCUCACGAUCUUCUUUUGGACGGGAUUCUGCAACGAGGACAAGCACGAGCCGUUCACCGAGAUGUGGUGGACGUGGCUCGUCUUGUCAGGCUUCUCGCUCGGUGCGGUCGUCAGCUGCAAGUGGGUUGGGCUGUUCACGAUUGCGACGGUCGGCGUGAGCACUAUCAAACAGUUGUGGCUACUAUUGGGGGAUCUGCGUGUCACACCGAGAGUAUUUAUGAGACACUUUAUGGCGAGAGCGAUGUGUCUCAUCGUCAUUCCGAUCAUGUUCUACAUGUUCAUGUUCUGGAUCCAUUUCCUCAUCUUGCAGAAUCCCGGCGAUGGAGAUGGCUUCAUGAGCUCGGAGUUUCAACACACGCUCAAUGGCCGUGGGAUGGCCGAUACAUUCGCUGAUAUUGCGCUCGGUUCGGAGGUUUCCAUACGGCAUGUCAAUACUCAAGGAGGGUAUCUCCACUCGCAUCCGCACAAUUAUCCCAGCGGGAGCACUCAACAGCAGAUUACCUUGUACCCACAUCGCGAUGAAAACAACAACUGGCGCAUCCUGAACGCGACACAAGAGGGCGACCCCUUCCAUGACUGGGAGAAAGGCCCGCUCACGUUCAUCGAGCCGGGCAUGCGCAUCAAGUUGCGCCACGUCACCACCGAGCGCAACCUCCACUCGCACGACUACCGUCCGCCCGUGUCUGAGGUCGACUUCCAGAACGAGGUGUCCGCGUAUGGUGGUCCGGACUUUGAGGGCGACGCGAACGAUGACUGGAUCGUCGAGAUCGAGAAGGGCGACAAGCGCGAUCGGGAGUCGAGCAAGCGCCUGAGGACGCUUCGGACGCAAUUUAGGCUGAGGCAUGCGAAUACGGGGUGCUAUUUGUUCUCGCAUAAGGUCAAGCUGCCCGAAUGGGGAUUCGACCAGCAGGAGGUGACGUGCAAUAAGGCGGCGGUGAAGCCGAAUUCGUUGUGGUUUAUCGAGACAGCGACACACCCAUUGCUGCCCCUUGAUGCGCCGAAGGUCAACUACAAGCUACCUGGGUUCUUCUCCAAGUUCCUUGAGUUGCAGCAGGUGAUGUGGACUACGAAUGCAGGUCUUACAGACAGGCACACGUUCGAUUCACGUCCUGAGUCUUGGCCACGGCUGCUUCGUGGCAUUAACUUCUGGGUCCGGGACCACCGUCAGAUUUAUUUGCUCGGCAACCCGAUGGUAUGGUGGCUUAGCACCGCUGCUGUCGUCGCAUACGUCGCCAUCCGCGGAUUCCUCAUCUUGCGCGCCAAGCGCGGGUACAGGGACUUUGAGAACACGAAAGUGGUCAAGUACGACACGCUGUGCGGAUUCCUCUUCAUCGGGUGGUGUCUGCACUAUUUCCCGUUCUUCUUAAUGGGCCGUCAGUUGUUCCUGCACCACUACUUCCCCGCGCUCUACUUUGCGAUCCUCCUCUCGUGCUCCGUAUUCGACCUCGUCACGUCCGCGCUCAAGCCGAGGCUGCGCCUUCAGAUCGCUGGCGUGUUGCUCAUCAUCGUGAUAUGGAAUUUCGUAUACUUGAGCCCGAUUGCCUACGGGGACCCGUGGACGAAGGCGAAGUGCGAGAAUGCGAGGUGGUUGAAGACGUGGGAUUUUGCCUGGUAA